AUGGAGGGAUCGGCCCCCCCGAAGCGCGUUGCGUUUCAGGGCCCUUGCUACCUAAAACUGUUGGUUAGCAACAUUGUUGCUGGUGCUGUAAUCGGGAAGAGUGGCAGCGUGAUUGCGCAGAUAGAGCAGCAAACAGGCUGCGCGUUGAAGCUUUCUCCUGCAAACAUGUACUACCCAGGGACAGAAGAGCGGAUCCUGAUAAUGAGUGGCGAGCAGGAGGCCCUGAACGACGCUGUUAUUGUGGUGCUAGAAAAAAUUCAUGAGAUGAUGCAAUUGCAGCAACAGCAGCAGCUGCUCACAGACAGCAGCAAGAAGGACACCUAUGAACCCGCUGUAUCUCCUUCUCUUCCCCCUGUAAAGGUGAUGCUGCGCAUCGUAGCACCCAAGUCAGCAGUAGCCGCAAUCAUCGGCAAGGGGGGCCAACAGAUCAAGGAGCUGCAGGAGGCAACCAACGCGCGAGUUCAAGUCUCUAACAGGGAAGAAGGACUUGUUGAACGGCUAAUUACGGUGUCUGGUCAUCUAGAGGAGGCCAAGGCUGCGGCCCUUGCCAUUGCAGCCUGUUUGCAGAACGACCCAAAUCUCAAAUCCCACAUGUACGUCGUCUACAAGGCAGCUGGGGCCUCCUUUGGGGCCCCCCUCUCUCUACCCUACGGGGGCCCCUCCGCGGGCUACGGAGGCCCAUAUGGAACCUACACAGCUGGAACCCCUGGGCCCGACAUUCUCUCCCAGCAGUGCGAAAUCUAUCUUCAUGUUCCUGAAGCCGUCAUUGGCGCUGUCAUAGGGAAGAGUGGUCGGUGUGUUUCCGAGAUAAUGAAACAGACCGGCGCUAGGGUGCAGAUAAGCCACAAGGGGGACUUUGUUCCUGGAACGACAGACCGAAAGAUCGUCGUGUCAGGAAGCGUUGCCGCCGUGCACAACGCCCACGUGUUGCUGCUACAGCGCGUGCACACAUCCCAGGAAGCAGCGUCGCAAGCGAAUGGGCUAAAUAGCAGCAGCAAUAGUGGAGUUGAUGUGCAUUCUGGACAGCAGCCGCACGCAGUCUUGCAGGGCAACAUGCAGUACUUGCACCCCACAAACUUCGGAUACUAA